UGUUAUAAUUUGAGUUGGACUUUUCUUUCCUUUUGAACUGAAACUUGGACUUUGGCUUCUUAGCAAUGAAGGAAUUGACAUGAGCCAUCUCAUUUUUCUCUAACUUUUUAAUAUUAUAUUUUAAGCUUGGCUGAACUACUAAUAACAGAGAAUUCUAGGUUUCAAUUGCAAUCGCAGUCGCAUAAUUUGGGGUCAUUAGAAAACAUCAUCACUGCAAAUUCAGCCACAGCAAAAGCUCCCUAUAGAAGUGCUUAUCAGGCUGAGUGAAUACCAGAAUCACCAGGUAGAUUUGGUGAAAUUGCUGAGCUUAUGAAGUCUGGUGAUUCAUUAAUGGCUGAAGAAACCAAACCACAAGGACAAGGGGCAAACUCCAGUAAUUCUGCUAGUGCCAACCCUGCUGCCUAUUUCCCACAACAUGCUAAAAGUGCAGAUCCUUUUCUGGCAGAGGUGAAGGAAAAAUGCACUCUCUGUGGGGAUCUGGAAACAGUCUUUCAUUUUUUUGAAUCUUGGGAUCUUGCUGUCAAACUUAGAUACUCUUGCAAUAAAUGUAGAAUAUGCUGGUUUCUAGGUUUAACCCUAGAGGAUGAUUGUGGAGUGAAAGCACAAUCAUCUGCACCUUCUUUUUCCUCAAAUGAGAAUUCUAGGUCACAAUCGCAGCCAGAGUCUCAUAAUUUGGGGUCAUUACAUAAUCACAUCUCUGCUCUAAGUUCAGCCACAGCAGAAGCUCCCCAGACAACUGCUAAUCAGGUGGUGCAGCUGCAGCAGGUAAAGGAAAAAUGUUCUUUCUGUGGGUCACGGGAAAUAAAUUUCUGCUGGUACGAGUCUUGGCAGUCCGAUUCAGUCAAAAUUAGAUACUUUUGCUAUACUUGUGAAAGAUUCUGGAUUCAACAUUUUAUCCUAGUGGAUGCCCGUGGAAGUAAAGCUCCGUCAUUUGCAUCUUCUUUCUCCUCACGUGAGAAUUCUAGUUUUCAAUUGCAGCCACAGUGGCAUAAUUUGGGGUCACCGCAAUACAUCUGUACCACAAAUUCAGCCACAGCAAAAGCUCUCUAUAUAACUGCUUAUCAGGUUUCUAUCAAUUUAGUGAUCUUUUUCUUUUAUCUUUUUUGAUUGUUAGGAAGUUCUGAAACAGUUAAUUGGUGUCAUGUUAUGUUAAGCAUUGUUUUGCUAUCCAUUGCUCUUGUGCGAAAACUGCAUGUGUACGAGUCAUUAUCAGAUAAUAAAGAGUGAGUAGCGUAUCUUACCACGA